AUGAAAGAAAAUGAGUUGGUUAAGGACUUCCGUGAUAGACUACUAAAGGUUGCGAACCAAAUUAGAGUCCUUAGAGAGCCAUUGACCGACCAAAGGAUUGUAGAGAAGGUAUUGGUAAGCCUCCUGGAAAAAUUUGAAGCUAAGAUUUCUUCCCUUGAGAAAUCAAGGAAUCUUAGUGAGAUUACAUUAAGUGAGCUUAUAAAUGCCCUCAAAGCAAUCAAACAAAGAAGAGCCAUAAGGAAGAAAGAGUCUUUGGAAAGUACUUUUAUUUCUAGUCGAAGCAAAAAGAAUAACAAAAGAUUAACAACAAGAACAAAGGAGGAACUGGUUAUGGAGGUUUCAAAAACAACAACAAAAAUUUCAAUAACAACAACAAUGCAAGGCAACAACAAGGAGGACAACGAUAAAACUAUGGAGGUUAUCCACCAUGCCCCCAUUGCAAGAAGCAUGGACAUGCACUAA